UUGGGGAGAGAGGAGGCAGGCUUCUGGACAGGGAGGUGGGACUGAGGCUUCCUUGGAAAGGGGAACUCGGCUGCAUGCGGAGGUGUGACCCAGAGCCACCUAGGCCCUGGGAGCCAGUGGAGGGAGUGCCCAGCUCUGCUGUGAGGGCUGGGGGAGAGGGCCAUCCUCAAGGCCAACGCUGUUUGCGGAGGAGGGAGAACUGGCCGCCUGGUCAAGCCUGGGCCUAAAAUGGACCCCACAGCCAAGGAUGAAAUGCAACCUUCACUUCCUCCCGGCUCUUCCUGCCCAGGGCCAGAGUGGCCGGAGCAGGAGAGGGCGGAGCAGCUGGCCCGGGGUGCAGCACUCAAGUGGGCCUCAGGCAUCUUCUACCGGCCGGAGCAGCUGGCCAGGCUGGGCCAGUACCGCAGCCGUGAGGUACAGCGCACCCGCUCCCUGGAAGCACGCAUUAAGUCAGUGGUGCAGUCAUACCUGGAGGGUGUGAAGACUGGUGUGUGGCAACUGGCACAGGCCCUCGAGGCCGUGCAAGGAGCCCGUGAGGCCCUGGGCCAGGCCCGUGGGUUGCUCCGGGGCAUGGCCAAGGCUGUACAGACCCUAGAGCCCUUGCGGGAGCAGGUUGUCCAACACAAGCAACUGCAGGCCCUGUCUCAGCUGCUGCCCCGGCUGCGAGCAGUGCCGGCUGCAGUGGUCCACACACAGACCCUGAUUGAUGCCCAUCGGCUCUUGGAGGCAUAUGUGAGCCUUAGGGAGCUGGAGCAGCUGCAAGAGGAGACGUGGGCCUCUCUGGGGAGUCUGGAGUUGCCAGUCUUUGAGGGGCUGGGCCCUCUGGCUGAGGCACUGGGCCAGGCUGUGGAAGCAGCUGUAGGGGCUGCAGGGCAGCUGGCCCGGGAGGACCCAGCCCUGUUGGUGGCUGCUGUGCGCGUGGCGGAGGUGGAGGCUGGCAGAACAACCCCCCUGGAGCAGGGCCCCCGGGACUGGCGGCAGCGCUGUCUGCGAGCCCUAGAGGAGGGCCUAGAGCGGGCCCACUUUGGGACACCCCUGCUGCCUGGACCAGGGGCCCUAGCAGGGUGGCUGGAGGCUCUGCGGGUGGCUCUACCAGCCGAAUUGGCCACAGCGGAGGCACUGAUAGCACCCUGCUGCCCACCACACUACAAGGUGGUCCGGCUGUGGGCCCACACCCUGCACGGCGGCCUGCGGCGCUGCCUGCAGCAGUUCCUGGAAGGGCCGGAGCUGGGAGCCUCUGACGCCUUCACCUUGCUGCACUGGGCGCUGCAUGUGUACCUGGGGCCAGAAAUGAUGGGGAGCCUGGAAUUGGGGCCGGAGGCUGAUGUGUCUCAGCUGGAACCUCUCCUGACCCUGGAGAAUAUCGAGCAGCUAGAGGCAACAUUUGUAUCCAAAGUCCGGGCAAGUGUGGUGCAGUGGCUGCAGAAGGCACUGGAAGGGGAAGUGGCUGAAUGGGGCCGGGAGCGGGAGCCUGACACAGAUCCAUCCGGCUUCUACCACUCACCAAUGCCAGCCAUCGUGCUGCAGAUCCUGGAAGAAAACAUUCGAGUGACCAGCCUGGUCAGCGAGUCACUGCAGCGGCGGGUGCACGGCAUGGCACUGUCAGAACUGGGAGCGUUCCUGAGGAGCUUUAAUGAUGCUCUGAUCCGAUUCUCCCGAGACCACCUCAGAGGGGAAGCAGUGGUCCCUCAUUACGUGUCCUACCUACUGGCUGCCCUCAACCACCAAUCGGCACUCAGCUCCUCCGUGUCCGUCUUGCAGCCCAAAGGGGUGGUCUCAGGGGCCUUGGCUCCGGUGGAGGCAGCGCUGGACGAGUUGCAGAGGAGGAUCUGCCGGCUGGUGUUGGAGGCGCUGUUGCUGGAGCUCCAGGUGAGACUUCAGGUGGGGAUAAGGGUAGGAGGAGAUAAGGCGUAUGUUUGGGAGUCUCUGCGGGGAAAUUCCGGGUCUGGAUCGUCCUUCCAGCCCCUGUUCGCGACUCUGCCCUCGCGCCGUUGGCUGUCGAGCCCGGAGCUGCUGAACAAUGUGUGCGAGCGGACAGCGCGCUUCUGCCGGAACUUCUGGCGUGUUCGGAACCCCGCAUUCCAGGUGUGUUGGGGAAAGGCUGUCGGGGGUGGAACGCCGAUGGAAAAGGUGUCCUGGGCCCACGUGAUAGCCCUCCCCGCAGGUGCUCCUGGCCGAGACGGAGCGUGCGGUGGUGCUGCAGUACCUAUGUGCGCUGAUGCAAGGCCGCCUAGUGUGCCGCGGUGCGGACGAGCGGAACCAGGCAGCCGAGCGCAUGCAACAGGAUGCCACCCAGCUUCGGGAUCUUUUCCUCGAUUUGGGCCUGGAAGAGAGCGCUCAUUGCGCGCCGGUGCUGCUCACCCUGCGGAAGCUGCUGAACCUCCACGACCCCACGAUGCUUGGCCUCGAGGUGGCAAGCCUUCGGCAACAAUUUCCCGACGUAAGCGAGGAACAUGUCUCUGCCCUCUUGGACCUGCGCGGGGACGUGUCCCGAGAGCAGCGCCAAGCCGCACUCAGCUCCCUGCAGGACGGCUCGCAGCCCUCGCCCCGCGCGGGUCGCCGCGCACUCUUCAGCCUUGUGCCAGCACCUACACCUUCUCCAUCCUCCUGCCUCUUCUCGGGGUCCUGUGCCUGACUCUCAACUGCUCGCAGAAUAAAGCUGUGUGCCCGCUCCCCCCACCCCCGUACGCCUGAAUUGUGUGUGUUGGGAAGGGCUGGGGGAUGAAAUAAAAGUGUCCGCGAACGUUAGGGGGUCCAGGACAGGGACACGUCUACGGUAUCCUGGCUCCAGUCCAGAUAUUCCGGCUGCCCCUCUCUGUCCCGGCAUCAGUUCCCAAGCACCCGGCUUCCGUGAGCGGACUGCACCCCCACGACUCCGCGCCGAAGCAGUGAUUUCGAGUCUCCCCAGCCCUGACUCGGGUACCACCGGAAGCCUUGAAACCCGCCUGGCCUGCGGGGAGCGGGCGGGCUCAGGACAACGCCCCGCCUAGGGACGUGACU